AACGGAGUUCGUUGGUACAUACAGAGAGAGAAAGUGAAGCAACAAAAGGCCCUUUUAAAUACCAAACACUGACACAUACAAACGACGCAUCCUUCUCUUUCUUUCGGCUUUGAUUUCUCUCUCCUCGACUCGAUCCCAAUUCCACUAGGGAUUCAAUUCCGAUGCGAUUCCGAGCUUGUUAGAUCCACGACAAGGUUUCGUUUCCCAGAUUCUUUUGUAAAAAAAAAUUCUUCCUCUGCCCAACAGGUAAGUUGUAAAAAAAUGGACCAUGACAAGACUGGGUGCCAAGCUCCUCCUGAAGGUCCUAUAUUGUGCAUCAACAACUGUGGGUUUUUUGGAAGUGCAGCUACCAUGAACAUGUGUUCUAAAUGCCACAAAGACAUAUUGCUGAAACAGGAGCAGGCCAAGCUUGCAGCAUCAUCCAUUGGGAAUAUUAUGAAUGGGUCAUCAAGCAGCACUGAAAAGGAACCUGUUGUUGCUGCUGCUGCUAAUAUUGAUAUCCCAGUUAUUCCAGUAGAGCCUAAAACUGUCUCUGUGCAACCUUUAUUUGGUUCAGGUCCAGAGGGGAGUGUUGAGGCAAAGCCGAAGGAUGGACCAAAACGUUGCAGCAGCUGCAACAAGCGAGUUGGUUUGACAGGGUUUAAUUGUCGAUGUGGUGACCUUUUUUGUGCUGUACAUCGCUACUCAGACAAGCAUAAUUGCCCAUUUGAUUACCGCACUGCCGCUCAAGAUGCUAUAGCUAAAGCAAACCCAGUUGUCAAGGCUGAAAAGCUUGAUAAGAUCUAAGAUUUGAAGUUGAAGUUCCAUGCCCUGAGAUGAAGUUAUGCACAAUUUCAUCAUGAAAUGAUCCGAGUUUCCUUCACAUUUUAUUGGUGUUCUUAUUAUAUUGUUAUAUGUGGUGGGUGACUUGAGUUAUUGGACAUCUCUGCAAUUUGAAGGACUCUUUCAUGUGAUUGGUGAAAAUAUAUAUGUUGGCCACUGUUGUUUUUAAGUGCUGGUUUGGUGAAAGUUGGUUGGUGUUGUUAGCUUUGUAAUGCAUCUAUUCUUGUAUCAGAAUGGUAUUUGCAAUUUAAAGAUGGUUUCAAGAGCAUCCGUAGACAUGUGUUAGAUUGUAAUUAUUGUGGGCCAUCUAUGAAUUAUUUUCGAUAUGCUAGAAUUUUCAGAAGUUGCCCUA